UGUUGUCAUUCACGGUGAACUGCCGGUAGAGUUGAAUGAGUCCUGACAAAACAGUAGCUUGUUUUGCUUCGUUUUUGUUAACCUACUUGUACCACUAGCUUACAAUGAACUCAAGGACAAACGGAGAGGAAGAUGAAGAUUGUCUGUUUCUUGAGCAAGUUUUGGAUAAGCUUUAUGACUUUGGCAAUGGAGCGGCAUCAAAACUGAAGCUCAAGUCUCAGAAGAAGAUAAAACGAAAAAGAUGUGAGGAAGAAGAGUCCCCUGCAUUCAAAGAUGUUUGCAGAGACACUGAUGGCCACAUAGCACAGCAACAACCAAAGACUGAGCAAACAGGUCCAACCAUCCAGCAGGUGAACCGGGUGGAGGUAGUGACAUUUCAGGACCCCACAAAGAAACUGAAGACCAAGCACACACCAGCACCUGACAACAUACCUGCCCUUCAGAUAACCGAGAAGAAGCAAAAUGACCAGCUAGAAGAACUCAACUUGGAAAAGGCUCGUCUGGAGGUCCAUCGGUUUGGAAUCACAGGCUAUAAGAAGGAGCAGCAGCGUGUCUUUGAACAGGACAGAGCGGUCAUGCUAGGAGCCAGACCUCCUAAGAAGGACUAUGUCAACUAUAAGGUGCUGCAACAGCAGAUUAAAGAGAAGAAACAGAAAGCAAAGGAGGAGGUGCUGCCGGACUUGAAGAAAAAGAAGAAGAAGAACCAAAAGGACAAGAAGAAGAAGGUGAGCUCUGGUUCUGGCUCAGCCCCCUCAGGUCAGGUGGGCCACUUCAAGAACGGCAUGCUGAUCCUCAGCUCCAAGGAGAUCCAGAAAAUCAAAGGCAAAUAGGGCAGUUGUUAUGUUCUUAUCACCGAGGGAACUGAAAGAUAAUGAAAUCCAAAGCCGGGACACUUGGGACUAAUUAAUUUUGGAAUUGGACUAUGUUAAAUGUGGUCACUGAUUCAAAUGUGUGAGCUUUUAUUUGUAGGUGAGUUAUUAAAUCCUAAAAUAUAAGAAAAUAUCACCAUACCAGAGGAAGAUGGUGUCAAACUCACUGCUGUUUGCAGCCAAACAUGUUAUGAAGAGGAAGUGGAUCAGAGCUGUGAGGCCGAUGUCCUGAAGACAUGUCACUGUUCGGCAGUGAAGUAAGGGACAGUGCUACUGCUGAGUCAGACAUGUUUCGAUCUUCAAAAUGGACCCUGAAUGGCUAAUUCAGCCGGG